AUGGAGGACCCCGCCCCUGCCGCGCCGGUAUCCCAAAAGCGUCCACUCGAAGAAGAGGUCCAACCUCCCAUCACACCCGCCAAGUCCACAAUCAGUUCUCAAGCAUCCACGCCCCUUUCAGAAGUCUCGGUUCAGACACCGUCUCCUCUUAGAAACAAAGCAUCGAAUCCGACAGGACCCACCAACACCAAGCCUGGUGAUGACCAGCCGCUUUCCUCGCAGAACGCCUCCACCAUGAUUGUUACACAUCAGCCAGCCAAGCGGCGGAGAUUGACUACACAAGAGAAAGAGGCGCAGCGUCUUGAGAAAGAAGCAAAGGCCAAGGCUCGAGAGGAGAAGAAGGCACAGAAGGAGGCCGAGGAGAAACUCAAGGCCGAGCAAAAGGCACAGAGAGAUGAGGAGAAACGGAAGAAGAACGAAGAGCGGGAUGAGAAGAAGCGCCUAAAGGAAGAGGAGCAGCAACGCCUCGAGGAAGAAAAGGCAAAGAAGGCACGGUCGCAGAUGAAGCUGAAUGCUUUCUUCACGAAGCCAAAGACAGGGCCGAGCUCAGGACAGGCCGCGGUAGCUUCGUCCCAGAACCCCGCAGCCUCUGUAUCAUUACCUGACACAUCUGGGGCCAAUAGUGAUUUGAUCCCACCCUCACCACAGAAGACCAUCGCCAAGAACGCACAAUCAGACUAUGAGCGAUACUUCUUGCCGUUUAAUGUUCCUGCGCACACAAUCCUUGCGCCGACGAAUUGCCUUUUAAACAGCCCUGAGAAAUUGGAAGCCGCCCGACAGCGACUGGACAAUAUCAUUGCACAAAAUAAUGCGCCUGGCAAGACCAUCACACCAGAGACAUUAGCGUCACUCUUUCCACAGCGCGACGUCCGAGGCCACAAGACGGCGACAAUAUCGGAAGUCGUUGAUUGCGUCAACAGCUCGUCUGACCACCCUAUUCAUGUUACGGCUGAGAAGGGUGCAACAUCAAGACACCCCUUGGAGAUGCUGAGAGAGAUACCGAUAAAGUACAUUCAUUUCUGCACAGACGUCCGUCCACCCUAUUGCGGAACGUACACCAGGCCAUACACAGACGCCCAGGCAAGGCGCUUGGCACGGAACCCCUUGUCGAAAGCUCGCCAGGACACUGAUUACGACUAUGACUCUGAAGCUGAAUGGGAUGAACCAGAGGAAGGUGAAGACUUGGACUCCGAUGGGGAGGAUGACAAUGAAGAGGACGCGGAAGAUGAUAUGGAUGGCUUCCUUGAUGAUGAAGAGGAUCCACAGCUCAAACGUGGACUCAUUAGCGGCGAUCUGGUGCCCGUCAACACCGGCUUGUGCUGGGAGGACGCAGACAGCGUGUCCCGACUGAAUGACGGAUCGGAUGCCAUUUGCACAGAGUUCAAGGAGUUCAAGAUGGAGUUCUUGUUGGACCCGCAAAUGCGGUCGAUCGAUCCCUUUUCCACAGCAUACUGGACGCCUGAGCCUGCAGUCGUAGCGCCCGCGGCUUCGGUUGUGACCAAAGAAACUUCCGGUAGUGGCGCCAUGAAUCCGCCGCGAGCGCCACUAACCCAGCGAACCAUGAACGGACUGCUGAACACGCUGAAUGGCCCGCAGAAUGCUUCGUCAAGCACGUCAAGCAAGCCUAGCAAGAACAAGCGAAUGGUACCCGCCGAGCAACUUCCGGCCUUCAAAGCCGAGAUUGAAGGCAAGGAUCUCACCAAGCUGGGUAUGAUAGAGUCUCUGAAGAAAGCGUUCCCCAAGUUGCCGAAAGAUGCCAUUUCCAACACCUUGAGUGCUGUUGCUGCGAGGGUGGGACCCACUGAGAAGGAGAAGCGGUGGGUGCUCAUCAACCCGUGAGUAAGUUUGGUCUUGUCGGUCUACAUUAUGUAUAGCAAAGUAUCAGGCAUUUUGGGCGCAUAUCAGGAGUGUUUACUUUGGAGGCGUCCUGGGUCGUCAUUCAGCAGCGGGUGGAGUAUGGUGUUAGGCGCUUUCAUGUCUUGAGGCUUUAUUGUUAUGCUUCAGACGGGGAGAAAAGCGUCGCGGUGUACAGGGACUAGGUCAGAGCUUCC